UCCAGAUCUUUUUGAGUUAUCGCGAUAGUUCGUCAGCGCGAGAAGAAGAAAAAGAGAAUGCAGAAGCUACGAUGCUAACGGGCUGUUAGCUUCGCGUAUUGGCCGUUUGGCUUCCAGCUCGAUGGAGGAGUGAACGUCCGACUGUUGUUCAGAGUGGCUCAGACUGGGAUCACCGCCUGCUGCAGUCAGCAAACCCCCCAAACAACCUCCUCAAGCUGGAUGUGAAGAUGUAGCCACGAGAGAAAGAGGCUCAUCUUCAUCUUCACCCUCUGCUGUCCUUAACCUGGAGCACUGUGUCCCCCUCACCAGGGCUGUCCUCCGUCGGUCCGUCCCUGGUUGAAGUCCCUGCGCUCAGCCAUGCUGUUCUCCCUGAGGGAGCUGGUCCAGUGGCUGGGCUUCGCCACCUUCGAACUCUUCCUCCACCUGCUGGCGCUGCUCGUCUUCAGCAUGCUGGUGGCCCUGCGCGCCGACAUGUUCACGCCCACGCUGAGCUGGUGGCUGGUGUUCGUGCCGCUGUUCGCCGCAGACGGCCUCAGCACCUACUUCACGGCCAUCGUGUCCAUCCGCCUCUACCAGGAGAACGAGAAGCGGCUGGCGGUGCUGCGGCUCCUCUGGGUGCUGACGGUGCUCAGCCUGAAGCUGGUGUGCGAGGUGCUGCUCUGCCAGAAGCUGGCGGAGCAGGAGCAGGCCCGGGACCUGUGGUUCGGCCUCAUCGUGUCGCCGCUGUUCAUCUUGCUGCAGCUGCUAAUGAUCCGAGCCUGCCGGGUCAACUGAAGUGGUUGUGCUUUCACGUCGCCGGUCAGAGAGCAGUCGUCCUCUUCUGCCUUUUGAGAUUUAAAGCAUAGCAAUUUUUUGAUUUUUUUUUUCCUCCCCUUGAGUUCAUUGGCACCUUAAAACAAAAAACAGCAACACUUUUCUUGUUGUUGUUUUUUUUUUCACAUUCAUGUUCCAGGUCGCACCAGAAUCCAGUUUUCUGUCAUUUGUGUUCAAUUAACCAAGGAGCAGACAAUCUGUUUUAAUGUGUGUUGCUUAACACCUCGUCUGUAUGCAUGUGUGCACAUCUUGUAUGGAACCUUUAGUUCCAACGAAAGGAAAUCUUAAUGCUACAGCACACUGUGAUAUUUUCUGUGUGCUUCCUGCUUUGUGACAAAAGUUUCUUUUUAUUUCACAAUGCUCCCAUGCACCAAAAACUGAUCCAUUAAGACAUGUUUUCUCCAGAAAAAAACUGAAAGUAUUCACUUUUAAGAAGCUGAGAUCAGAGAAUUUUGACUUUUUCCCCAUAAAAACUACUUUAACGAUUAAUCGAUUAUCAAAAUAAUUGGUAGCCGAUUUAGUAAUUUAGUAGCCGAUUAUUAAUCGGGCAGGGCUUUUUCACCUAGCGUCACUUAGUGACCAUGCUAACGCGGCACAGUGACCACAUACUUUUGGCCAUGUAGUGUAAAACACAAUGAUAUCGACUGAAUCUCUAAUUAAUUCUGAAUGAAAAUAAACUAAAACUACAUGACAUUUAUCUAAAUUGUUUGUCAGCCCCCCGUAUUAUGACUCGGUUGUUGUGGUAGUGCCUCUAUGACCAUGACCAUGGUGCAGUCAAAGGUAGAUAGUGAGCCGUGAGGGAAAUUUAUACCAGAUGCCAGAUAUUAUGUAUCAAUGCAUUAAUGUGCACACAGCACAACUCAAACUGGUGAAACCUCAAGGCAGUAAUAACAUUUUUUGGCAAUAUCUAAUGGGUAAAGGAGCUGCUGCAACAUUAAUAUUUUUGUUAAUUUUUCCCCCAGAGGAAGAAAUUGACUGAGUUAUUAUCCAAUUUAUUUUUUGGACUGUCUCUGGGAGUUAUUCUCUUGCGUUGCGCCUAGUUUGUCAUCUCCAACACGGCAAAGACCCUGAUGUCGUAGAGCUGAAUGUGAUAUAUCAGUCAGCUGUGCGCGCGCACACACAUCUUCGCCGUUUAUUUGUACGAUACGUAAUGUUUUUUUCGAGCUCACCUUGUGUAUGUACUACCUAUGUUUUGUAUUAUAUAUAUAUUGUUUAUUUGUGCCUCAUUUGAAGGGGAAAUUCCGGUUCAUGAAAUUCUGUGAUGUAUAUGUUGAUUUUUUUGUUUAUUUAUGUUCCUGAUGUGGCACCGUUAAUGUCAUCUGUACAUACAUGUAAAUAAAUCAUCAACAUUUUAUCAA